GUCGAAAUGAAAUCGAAAUUUCGAAACUCUGUAACUUCUGUAUGAAUGGCCUUCGUGAGUCACUGACGCACUCGUUGAACGCCGCUCGUCGGUUUACCCGUUUCCUCCCAACUACUCAAAUCAGGAUGGCAACCGUAAAAGUUGCCGUCGACGCUCUCGACCCGAGCAACAGCUCGAAGAACACUCUCAAACUCGAAAACACCGAGAAACGAGACAACCUCAUAGCCAUCGAGAAGAAAUACCAGAAAGUAUGGCAGGACACCAAAGUCUUCGAGCCGAAUGCCCCAACACUGGAGGAGAUCCCAUUCCAGUCAUUGUCAAACCAGCAGAUGCACGAGAAGAACCCGAAGUUCUUCGGAUGUUUCGCAUACCCAUAUAUGAAUGGUGUUCUACAUGCGGGUCACUCGUUCACGGUGAGCAAGGUUGAGUUUGCAGCAGGAUGGGCGAGAAUGCUAGGAAAGCGAACACUCUUCCCCCUUGGAUACCACUGCACCGGUAUGCCGAUCAAGGCGUGCGCAGACAAGCUAGAGCGCGAGAUCGAGCUGUUUGGUAAGGACUUCUCAGGGUACGACGCGGAUGCGGAGGAGGAAAUAGCGCCACCUGCUCCUACCGAGGCGGACACAAGGGCGGACAUCACCAAAUUCGUCACCAAGAAGAGCAAGGCAGCUGCGAAAACCUUAAAUAUGAAGUAUCAGUUCCAGAUCAUGAUUGCGUUGGGCAUUCCACUGGAGGAGAUCCACAGAUUCGCCGACCCGCAGCAUUGGCUGAACCACUUCCCCGGCUACUGCAAGGAGCACCUCAUCAAUUUCGGCGCGCGGAUCGACUGGAGACGAAGCUUUGUUACUACCGACCGAAACCCUUACUACGAUACUUUCGUGCGAUGGCAGAUGAAUAUCCUGAAAGAGGCAGGGAAGAUCAAGUUCGGAAAGCGAUACACGGUCUAUUCUCCGAAGGACGGCCAACCGUGCUUGGAUCACGACCGAAGCUCAGGAGAAGGUGUUACGGUUCAGGAGUACACCGCCGUGAAGAUGAAGGUCUUGGAAUGGUCAGAGAAAGGCAAAGACAUCGUUGCAGGAAAGGUUCCUGAGAACGCGAAUGUCUACUUCCUCCCGGCUACUCUGCGACCGGAAACGAUGUACGGACAAACAUGUUGUUUCGUCGGGCCAAAGCUCGACUACGGCAUCUUCAAAGUCUCCGAGACCGAAUACCUCUUCUGCUCCGACAAGGCGGCGAGAAAUAUGGCUUUCCAAAGCGUCUUCCCCGAGUGGGGCGUGUUCCCCAAAGUCGCGUCCCUGCAAGGCUCUGAUGUCGUCGGAACUCUCGUCAAUGCACCUCUCUCUGUUCACAAAGAUGGAGUCAGGAUUCUUCCCAUGGACAGCGUAAAAGACACCAAGGGGACUGCUGUUGUUACCUGCGUGCCAUCGGACAGCCCGGAUGAUUUCGCAACAAUCCGAGAGCUUGCGAAGAAAGCGGAAUUCUAUGGUAUCAAGAAGGAGUGGGCCGAACUGGAGAUUGUCCCAAUCAUUGAGACACCAUCGUUGGGUAACUUGGCCGCGCCGGCUCUUGUAGAAAAGAUGAAGAUCAACUCACCCAAAGAUGUCAAACAGCUGGCCGAAGCGAAGGAGAUUGCGUACAAAGAAGGGUUCUACCAGGGAAAGUUGAUCUACGGCGAAUUUUCUGGGAAGCCGGUCUCCGAAGCAAAGUUGCUCGUCAAGCAGCAGCUGAUCGAUUCCGGAGAUGCUUUCAACUACGCUGAGCCGGACGGAGUGGUCAUGAGCCGGUCUGGCGAUGUCUGCACAGCGGCGUUGUUGGACCAGUGGUAUAUGAACUACGGCAAAGCCGAGAAUGGCGGAGAUGGUCCGUGGUGUAACAAAGUCCUUGAGUGGGUGCAACACGGGCUCAAUACCUACUACCCCGAGUGCAAACAUCAGUUCGAGCAGACUCUAGGAUGGUUGUCACAGUGGGCGUGUGCUAGGUCUUAUGGUCUAGGAACAAAGCUUCCAUGGGAUCACAACUUCCUCGUGGAGAGUCUCAGCGAUAGUACGAUCUACCAAUCCUAUUACACAGUCGCGCAUUUCCUUCAUUCAGAUAUCUACGGCGAUACCCAGGGUUCUGGUAAGAUCAAGCCGGAGCAAAUGACCGACGAGGUUUGGGACUACGUUUUCUGGAGAAAUGGCGACGUCAAGACCGACAUUCCAAUGGACACGCUGAAGGCAAUGCGCCGAGAGUUCGAGUAUUGGUACCCGGUCGAUGUCAGAGUGUCUGGCAAAGAUCUCAUCCAAAACCAUCUUACUUUCUUCCUCUACGUUCACGUUGCUAUCUUCUCGAAGGAACACUGGCCGCGUUCCAUCCGUACCAACGGGCAUCUUCUGCUCAAUGGCGAGAAGAUGAGCAAGAGCACAGGCAACUUCCUCACCUUGGACGACGCAGUCAAAAAGUUUGGCGCCGAUGCUACGCGAAUUGCCCUUGCGGACGCCGGCGAUGGCAUUGAGGACGCAAACUUCGACGAGUCGGUCGCGAACGCGAACAUCCUCCGUCUAUACGAACUGAAGAAAUGGAUCGAAGAGAUGAUCCAGGAAGCCAAACUUGUGAAGGAUGCUACCGAGUUCGUCGCGGUUCGAGACGCCGGAAAGUCCAAGCAGACGGACGUCGUGCAACGAACCGGCGAGCUCGCCUUCUUCGACAAGCUUUUCGAGAACGAGAUGAACGACCUCGUCAACCAGACCCGCCAGCAGUACGACGCGACGAACUACAAAAUCGCGCUCAAGACCGGCUUCUACGACUUCACCGGCGCACGAGACAGCUACCGCGAGUCCUGCAAGACCGCCGGCAUCGGCAUGCACCACGAUCUCAUCCGCCGCUACGUGGAGCUCCAAGCCCUCCUCCUCACCCCCAUCGCGCCGCAUUUCAGCGAGUACCUCUGGCGCGAGGUGCUCAAGAAGCCCGAGACCGUCCAGAGCGCGCUGUACCCCCCCGCCACCAAGAUUGACCCGUCCCUCAGCACCAUAUCGACGUACAUCAAAACCACGUCGUCGAACAUCCUCUCCGCUGAAGGCACGCACAUGAAGCGCGUCGCGAAGGGCAAGAACGUGCAGUACAACCCGUCCAAAGAUAAGCGGCUCUCGAUCUUUGUCGCGGGCGCGUUCCCCGCCUGGCAAGAGAAGUACAUGGAGCUGGCGCGGCAGGCGCUCGAGGGCCUCAGCAUCGACAUGAAGAAGCUGACCCCGAACAUCGCGAAGCCCGAGAUGAAGAAGGCGAUGCCGUUUGUGCAGGGGCUGAAGCGCCGGCUUGAUUCGGGGGAGACCGCGGCCGCGGUGUUCGACCGCGAGCUUGGGUUCGAUGAGAUGGCGGUGUUGCGAGAGAUGGCGCCCGGGUUGAAGAAGACGGUGCAGAAGUGCGUGCAGGUGGUGAUUAUUGGGGUGAAGGAGGGGGAGAAGUUGGGGACGGUGGUGAACGAGGAUGGGAGUGAAGGGGAGAAAAGGGAGGUACCGCCGAAUGCGGAGUCGGCGGUGCCGGGGAAUCCGGCGUUUUUCUUUGAGAAUGUUUAGAUAUGGAUGCGAGAACUUGCUUGGUCCGUAGAAAAGUAGAUUCAUACAGCUGAUCGAUCUUAUCUGUCUGGCCAAUGUAUGAUAGAAUGCAUUUCCAUGCUUUCAACCCC